AUGUCUGCUCCGGAAUCAAUGUCCGAAGAGGAUGAAAAUACAAUCGUGAUCCCCAUAGACCGGUCCUUCAGCGACGGCGACCCGGCACUAUGGCCGAAUGACCCCAAAUAUAAAUUAUGCAAUGACAGCACUUAUCGCGAGAAGCUUGCUGUGCUUUGGUUGAAGAAGAUGGGGGCUUAUGAAGAAGGAAUGAAUUAUAGUCUAGACAAACUCCCAGAAGGCUACGCCCUUCUUGAGAGACCUCGCAUUGUCAAUCCGGACAUUUAUGACAGGUUCCUUUACGGCCAUCCGGUUGGGCAGUAUUUCCAGUCGACGAUUCAAUUCUUCCCCCAUUUCUACUAUCUGAUGACGGGAGGAGCUACCCUGUGUAAAUGCGCACUUUGUGAGAGAUUGCAGAAGCAGAAAGCUCGUCGAGAAGCGGGCAUGCCACUUCGCGGUGGUCGACUACCAGGAUCAAAUUCCUCUCGAGGCUCGGGUACGAGCCCUCGGGGAUCAAGUUUAGCUUCCCGUGGAUCGGGUGUAGCCUCUCGAGGAUCGGGUGUAGCCUCUCGAGGAUCGGGUGUAGCCUCUCGAGGAUCGGGUGUAGCCUCUCGAGGAUCGGGUAUAGCCUCUCGAGGAUCGGGUAUAGCCUCUCGGGGUAAGCUGCUUGCUAGAGCUGGUAGGAUUGUAAGACAGCCGAUCCGCCCUGUUGUUGAUGGCGAAGGGCAAAUCGACGUCUACAAGUUGGCUAUUAUGGAGCUCAAAGAGAAUGGCCGGCUAGACAAGAAGAUCAAGGAGAAGACCAGUAUGGACUGGAGGGCUGAGAGAGAGAGACUCAGGGAAUAUCUCGAGAAGUUGGAUCUGCAGCCUUCUUACAUACCUCGGGCUGGUGAAAUCGUUCUCUGGACAUGUGAGCUUGAUGGGGAACUACUGUGGAACUCAGAGACCUAUCGCGUCGAAAUAUAUUCUGCUGAGGAGAAUAGAUGGUUUGGGGUGCCGGAAUGGCGAGCAGGAACCAUUGGACAGGUUCCGGAAGAUGAUAUCAUGCUUCAAGACUUGGUCAAGACUACUCCGAAGGGAAAGGCAGUGAAUUAUUCGGGAUUCCGCAUCGAGACUUUUCCUGACCCUAACAGUAGCGAUAAGAGCUACUCGUUGCAAUCCAAAUACGUUCCGCUACGGUGCAUCAAGCCGUUUAAUUCAUUCGAGCUCUUUGUGCAGGGAAUGCCACGCAAGGAGCUCCAUCCAUCCAUUGAGAAUGCCUUGACGGUCAUGUCCUCAUUCAGCUUGCUGGACAAGUACCAUGUCAAAGGCACUUGGCCGAACGCAUCUAUAUACUGCCGAGGGAUCUUCAUUGGCGCUGAGCUCUUAAUUAUCGGUGAUGCCGUUCGACUGAAGCCAAAGGGUUACAACCCGAAUAGCCUCCAGAGAGCAAGUGUGACAGACGUGAUGGUCAUUGACGAAAUCCAAAUGGAACUGAUAAACUGCGAGGAAGACGUCAAAUCCAGUCAGUUAGCAGAAGACUACCGCGUCCGCAUCAGUGGUAAAAUCUACACAACAAGCUCCGUCCGCGCACAAAAGGAAGCCGACGUCGCAAAACCUAUCCACGGCUUAUCCGAACAAGAAAUCUCAAACACCUUCCAAUACACCGACAUGGGCGGCUACGGCAACUGGUACCAUCUGUACACGGGCAAAACCGCCAAAGUCUCCCAUGACAUGAUCCUCGGCCGCUGCUACGAACCCGACGCCAUGCGUCUCCUCUUCGGCUCUCUCUCAAUGAACCACGACUUGCACGGCGUGAUUAUGGCGCGGGAGUACUCAAGACAAGCCGACGACCGCAUCCCUGAAGGCAAACAAUGGUUCUGGGGCGACUUUCGCACGCAGACACUCGCCAUCGACUCCCUCAACGGCGAGGACGUGGGCUACUACAGCGAAGCACGAGACAUCAAGAUGUGGCGCGCAAACCUCAAGAUAAUCGACGGCACAGCCUGUCCAGCAGAUUACCGCGAAGCGAAACUCCCCGGCGAGGUAGGAAGGCCGUCUGCCAAGUCGCGGUCGAGCUUUGGAGAGGUUCGUAAGACUAGCUCAUUAGUUAGUACGGGGUUGGGUGCUACGACUGAUAUAAGCAAUACGGUUAGUUCUGCGGAUGAAGGAGUUGCGCGUGAGGAGUCCUCGGAGGAGGAUUUUACUGUUCCUAUCCAGUAUCUGCAUGGUGGGACUGAGGAGACUGAGGAGACUGAGGAGGGGGAUUAUGUUCUUGAGAAAGAGAGGAAGGCGAAGCGGUCGAAACGUUGA